UGUCAGUGUCACGACCUCCUAAUGAAUCAUUACCCACAGGGAGACACAUUGGAUGAGAUUCAAGAGCUGCUGUCGGUGGCGGAACAGCACCACACAAUGUCUCUCCAGUAUCUCCAGGAUGCCAUUCCGGAGGCUGCCAGAUACGACUGUAUCCUUGCCAGCGCCGCGCUGAUGAUGCUAUACGGAUCAGCAAGCCAUUGCGUGCGCAUCCGUCUAUUCGAGAUGCACAAGGUCCAGCAGAGCGAUACGCCAAUGCCAAGCCAGUUCGUGCCAGCACAUUCGCAGUGGAUUUCCUUGAUACGUGCGGUGCACCUUGCGUACAUUGGCAUUGUUGCGGACCGUGCCAAGAAUCCGACAGGAGCAGCAGAUGAUGGACAGGGACUCGGGAACCAAUCGCCGCACGUUGUUGGGCCCGAAGCUGUCAUCGGUGCUGUCAGUCCUCCUGAGGAUGGGCCAACACAUGAUACGCGACAGCUGUUCCUCCCUAUUGUAGCUGCUACCUCAGGCUCAGCGAUGGAAAAGCUACGCGCGAAGGCUUGCCGGCUGAUGGAGACGGCUGGCGGAAACCCUGGUCUGCAGGCUUGUUGGGAGGCGUUGGUGGUGCUCGAGACGACUGUGGCCCGAACCUUUGCACAUCACGACACGUUAUCCAUCAACACAAAAGCAGAGGCUGAAGACUCGCUUUUGCCUGACACCAUCCCUCUUUGGAUGCGUGCCUACAUCGCCCGCGUCACUUCGAAUAGUGGCUGUUCUUCGAGCCCGCUCCGACGAACUAUCAAUGCAUUUCUCAACCGCGUCCCAGCAUCAUACGUACAACUUGUACAGGAGAUGCUCAAUCUCAUUCCUCUAGAGGGAGACCGAUGGGAUGAAAAUCAGGAAAAGCUACAAAGGCAGACUCUGGGUUUUGUGAAUCCCGACAACUAUGUGGCUUCGAGGCUCGCCGUGGAGAUUCUUGCCCACUGGCUCGUUUUGGUCCUGCUGCUGGAUGGUGUGUGGUGGAUUGGCGAGACUGGGUCUUGGGAAUUGGGUAGAGUGGUGGCCUUUGUGCGUGGUAGCGGUUGGCUUGAGGAAACAGUCGAUCAGGAGAGUGAAGACGCAUGGUGGCCUCGCAGCAUGUAUGAGAUCAGGAUACAUCUCAGAAGACUCGGGAUAUAAUUCGGGAAGUCAGGCUAGUCAUAGUGAAUUCCAGGAGCUUAUUAUGAUC